AUGGAGGAAGAGGAGGGGGUGAUCGAGUGGGGGAGAUGUGAUGGAGGAAGAGGAGGGGGUGACAAGGAUGAGGAGGACGACGUGGAAGGCGUGGACGAGGAUGACGAGGACAACAAGGAAGGCAUGGACGAGGAUGAGGAGGACGACGAGGAAGGCUUGGACGAGGAUGACGAGGACGACGAGGAAGGCGUGGAUGAGGACGACGAGUACAACGAGGAGGGAGAUGACAAGGACGACGAGGAGGCUGGUGACGAGGAAGACGAGGACGACGAGGAGUGGGGUGACGAGGAAGACGAGGCGGAGUUCUAUCUCGAACAGGCGAAGACUGAUGUGCUCUUCGACGAGCUGGAUGCGGAGCAGGAGGCGGAGGCCAACGACGUCGAUGUCAGAAUGGAGAUAGUGGACAUCCCCGACGACGGGGAGUAG